AUGACCGCGGACUCCAAAGGCUCUUUCCCGUCUUGGAAGCCUUGUCGCGAGGCCCUCCCCCGGGGCCCGCGGUCCAUGGACGGUGGCGGCGGCGUUGGGCCCGGGAGCAGGCGCCUGCCCAGCCCCGAGCGCGGCGGGCCGGGGGCCGGGGGUCCCGGGGGUCCCGGGGGUCCGGUGGCCGGGGGUCCGGCGCCCAGGGCCCCGGGGGCGGGGCGGCCGGCGGCGGCCAACGCGGCCCGGGAGCGCAGCCGGGUGCAGACCCUGCGGCACGCCUUCCUGGAGCUGCAGAGGACCCUGCCGUCCGUCCCGCCGGACACCAAGCUGUCCAAGCUGGACGUGCUGCUGCUGGCCACCACCUACAUCGCGCACCUCACCCGCAGCCUGCAGGACCACGACGACCCCAAUUUGGCGACCCCGGUGGAGCCGGGACCGGGCGCCCUGCGCGCCCACGGCUACCUCCACCCCGUCAAGAAAUGGCCUAUGCGAUCAAGACUAUACGUUGGUGCAACUGGACAGUUUCUGAAUCAUUUGGUGCCUGGGGAAAAAGCAAACCCAGAUGAAACAUCAACAGACUCACAAACUUAG